CGAGGAACAAAUAAUCAAAGAGACACAAGAGAAAGCCUUUGCAAAAGAGAUUGCUGCGUUGAAGAAAGGUAAACCGGUACCAAGGAGCAGCUCUUUAUUAAAGUUAAAUCCAAUGCUCGAGAAUGGAAUGUUACGGUCGAAUACGAGAUUACGAAAUGCGAGGGAACUUUCGAACGAAGUGAAUAUUCCAAUAAUAUUACCAAAGAAAAACCGUGUAACGAGUCUUAUUGUCAAGUAUCACCAUGAGACUGAGCAUCAUGAAAUGGGCGUAAACUUUGCGAUCAACCAUCUAAGA